AUGUGGAUUAUAUCAUUUUGGAUGUUUCCGCUCAUAUCAGCCUGCAUGUGGCUUUCAAUGUUGAUUUCCAUGCUGGUCAUCUGGGUCAAUGAGGGGAAACCGCACUAUGCCAGUAUGGAUGACGGACAGACUAUUGCGUACAUUUCAGAUGUCGGAGCACAACACUUGAAGCCUUUAUUCGUCGCAGGCAGCGCGGUUACUGUCGUCUUUCUCGAUUUAGCAUUCCUUUCCGAGCGGUGGCUUCGACACUCCGGCCAGUUAGCCUCGAACAAGGGUAGAUUGGACAAGACAUGCGCUAUUCUUUCAAUCUUUUUCGCCAUUGCCGGUGCAGCCGGUCUAAUUCUUCUCUCGGUCUUUGAUACACUGCGCCACCCGAAAAAGCAUGAUGGGUUCAUCGCCCUGUUCAUUGCUGGAUACGUGAUUAGUGCUAUUUUGGUUUGCAUCGAGUACCUCCGUAUUGGAAUCUUCUACCGUCGCGAGCACCGUGUUUUGCUAGUCAGUUUCUUUAUCAAGCUUGUCUUCGUCAUUGUCGAGCUCGCACUCGCUAUCGGCUUCGGUGUCUGCAUCGGUAGCAACAAGGCAUCUAAGCAAAAUCCCGGCGCAGUUCUUGAGUGGUGCAUUGCUUUCGUCUUCACCGGCUACGUUCUCUCCUUCGUCGUCGAUCUAUUGCCUUCCGUUCGCACCCGCAACCACGUGCCCCAGGGUGAGAAGUACCUCAUGAGCCAAGCAGGAUUCCGUGGAACCCGAGAAGAGGCUGUCUCCAUUGAAGAGCCGCUGACCCAUGACUCGAUGGGCCCGAGCACUGGCUAUUACCGUGGCCAGCGGGUUUAA